GCACAAAAACCAAAGAAAACCUGGCAUUUCAGUAGGACUAUGGAGGAGCUGGUUCACGAUCUAGUCUCGGCACUGGAAGAAAGUUCAGAGCAAGCCAGAGGAGGUUUUGCUGAUACUGGAGAUCAUUCUCGAAGUGUGUCUUGUCUUCUAAAGCGACAGGCAAGGAAAAGGAGGGGACGAAAAAGACGUUCAUUUACCACCCAUCAUCCCUGGGAGACUGGUCACUGCUUAAGUGAAGGUUCUGAUUCCAGUUUAGAAGAAUCAAACAAAGACUACAGGGACAACCAUGCUAAUAAGAAAGACCACAGUGACUCUGAUGACCAGUUGUUGGUUGCUAAACGAAGGCCUUCCUCAAACUUAAAUAACAUUAGAGGCAAAAGACCUCUGUGGCAUGAGCCAGAUUUGGCUGUUGACAGUCUGGGAAACAGAACUUUGCGCAGGAGAAGAAAGGUAAAACGGAUGGCAAUAGAUCUACCAUCAGAAGUCUCUAAUGCACUGACUGUAACUCAACAGCAGGAUAACGGCAGAAAACAAGAAAUGGACAAUAACAAUAAAUCGUAUCAACACCAAGAGUUUUCCAAGAGCAAAGUGAAGAAAAGAAAAGUAGCGGCAGCUCGACAAGGACCAGAAAUACUGGAUGAAGGAGUAGUUAUUGAAAAUGAAGAAGUGAACCAAGCAAAUAAGGACAAAAUGGAGUAUGAGGAACAAAAAGGCUCAGAUGAGAACAUGAGUGACAG